AUGACUCGAUCCGAGAAGCGUUUGCGGCGAUUCGGCAAUCAGCACUAUGAGCGAUUGAAGAAGACGUGCGUCUCGAAGCGAAAUCUCUUCGUCGACACACUUUUUCCGCCGACGAAUCAGUCGUUGUUUUUGGAUGAGCGACGCAGUUCCGACAUCGUCUGGAAAAGACCUGGGGAGCUUCAUGAGAAUCCGCAUUUGUUCGUCGAAGGCGCCUCGGCAAACGACGUGACGCAGGGGAUCCUCGGUAAUUGCUGGUUCGUUUCAGCGUGCUCGGCGUUGACACACAACCAGAAGCUGCUGGACCGUGUCAUACCCGACGCCGAUCGCCAGGAAUGGUCGACGAAGGAGCCGUACGCCGGCAUUUUUCGCUUCCGCUUCUGGAGAUUCGGCCAAUGGGUCGAGGUGGUUGUCGAUGAUCUGCUGCCGACGAGAGAUGGCAAAUUGCUGUUCGCUCGCUCAAAAACCCCCAACGAAUUCUGGUCGGCUCUUCUCGAAAAAGCGUUCGCCAAAUUAUAUGGCUGCUAUGAGAAUCUUGUCGGCGGCCAUCUUUCAGACGCCCUUCAAGAUGUUUCCGGUGGUGUUGCCGAGACAGUCAACGUCAAGAAGUUCUUAAAAGACGAUUUGAACGACAACAAGCUUCUACUCUUCAACAACCUCAAAAACGCAUUCGACGACGGCGCUCUGACGGUGGCCGCGAUCGCGGCUCGAACGAAGGAAGAAGUCGAAGAAUCGCUCACCUGCGGAUUGGUCAAAGGCCAUGCUUAUGCCGUCACAGCCGUUCUCACCGUGGAUCUCGACGCUCAGAAAGGGCUCACUUCGUAUCUGCUAGGCACAAAACGCAAGCAGAAUCUCAUACGACUUCAGAAUCCUUGGGGCGAAAAGGAAUGGAAUGGGGCAUGGAGUGAUAAUAGCAUCGAGUGGCAGAAUGUACCAACCCAAAGUGUGAAGAAAUCGAUGGGUAUCAGUGUUGAGGAGGACGGCGACUUCUGGAUGCCCUGGGAGUCGUUCGUUCAGUACUUCACCGAUAUUUCGAUUUGCCAGUUAUUCAAUACAAGCUUUUUCUCGACAUCCCCCAGAUAUCAUGAGAAGAUCAUCUUUUCCGAGUGGAGUUUGAAUGGAAAGAAAAGCGGCGCGCCGGAUGACCGAGCUGGCGGUUGUUUGAACUUUCAAGCCACAUUCUGCAGCAAUCCACAGUACUGUUUCGACAUCGAUUCGGAAGGCGGCACUAUAAUAUUUGCGUUGACUCAACGCGAUCCAAGCGAGGGAAUCAAGAAGCGCGAGCCGUUCGUAACGAUCGGAAUGCACGUGAUGCGCGUCGAGAACAACCGUAGGCAUCGAGUGCAUCAGGCGAUGGCGCAGGUGGCGACGUCGGAAUACGCGAGCGCCCGAUCCGUCUACAUGCAUCUCAACAAGCUGCCACUCGGUCGCUACGUUCUCGUUCCGACGACGUUUGCUCCAAAAGAGCAGACGCAAUUCAUGCUUCGCGUCUAUUCCGAGAGAAAUGUCAACUUCAAAGAGCUCACGAAACAUUCGCCAAAACUCGGAAUUUGCUCGUGCAAAUCGGCACCAAGUGUCACCAGAAUCACCAUCCAUCGAGCCGAGCUCAAUUUGAAAAAGCUCGAGACAUAUGUCAUCGUCAAAUCUUCAAAGAAGGCCUACCGAACUGGAAAUCGGGAGGGAAUCGAGCCCGAGUGGGAUGAGAACUUCGUCUUCCACCGACUGAAAAGCCGUCAAGAGUACAAAAUCGAGGUGUGGGAACAUCACAGCCUAGCUCGAGACGUGAUCAUCGGCCAAACGAAUAUCAUAGCGCUGAUCGACAACGAGAAUCGCGAGUCGAUGUACGAGAUAAAGGAUCCGAAUGGGAAUUCGGUUGGCCGAAUCACAAUCACAAUAUCCGCGUUCGACGAUCCCAUGUAUCUCUAA